UAAACAACGAGUUUUUCCGCUAACUUGUGGCUGCUGUGACAGUAGUAUUCGCAUUAGUACAUUUUUUCUCAUAUUAUUCAGUUUUAAUUGCUCUAUUUUUAUUAUUAAUUUAUUUUUAAUUCAACAGAUAUUCUGCGUUUUGGUGAAACUUUGUAUUUUUACUGAAAACCAUGUCGGACGCUUUGUCUGACGACGGCAGCGACUUCAACCAGGAUGACACCCAGGAGGAUGUUAUGACCCCGGCCGAGCUGAUCGCUAAACUGGAAGAAGCUUGGCUAAAUGAGAAGUUCUCACCGGAGUUGCUGGAGAACAAAUCAGAGGUGGUGGAGUGUGUGAUGGAGCAGCUGACUCAUAUGGAGUCCAACUUGCAGCGGGUGAAGAAAGGCGAUGCAAAGGCCAGCAUCCAUCGCAUGGAAAUAGACAGGAUCCGCUACGUUCUCAGCAGCUACCUGCGCUCUCGUCUGCAGAAGAUUGAAAAGUAUUUCCCACAUGUCUUGGAGAGAGAGAAGUCUCGGGGUGAGGGCGAGCCAUCUCUGCUGUCGCCUGAGGAGUUUGCUUUUGCCAAAGAGUAUUAUGCCAACACAGAAAGCUACCUGAAGGCUGUAGCACUGAAGCGCAUGCCAGCCAAUGUACAGACUAUGGAUAUGCUCAAAGCAGUGCCUGAGCCCUGCCUGGACUCCUUUGUGUUUCUGCGAGUGAAAGAGAGACAGGAAAACAUCCUGGUAGAGCCUGAAACGGAGGAUCAGAGAGAGUAUGUCGUGGAUCUCGAAGAGGGCUCUCAACACCUAAUGCGUUAUCGAACUAUAGCUCCACUUGUGUCAAGUGGAGCUGUGCAGUUGAUAUGAAUGCAAAGGUUGCUUGUUACUUUGGAUCCAGGAGACAUUCCUGAAAUAAAGACUGCACAGAGAUCACAUCAGGAAGCAUGCCCUUCAUCUUCAUCUUUCAUCCAGAAUAAGGACUGACUUUUGGGAUGUAAAUAUAGAGAUGUUUGUAGCACCAUGGGACCAGAAUUUAAUUCUGUGGGGGCGGGGGGACACAAUCGAGGUCACUGCCAGCGGAAACUAAAAGCUGUGGAUGAACCCUGUUUACUAAACUAGGUUUUUGCAGCGCUGAGUUUGUAUUUUUGGAUCUUUUUAAUCAUGCCAUGACAUAUGCUUUGUUGUGUAGUACGUUGGUGUGCGUGUGACUGAUAAAGACAGCUCUGUCUAAUCUGUUUAUUCAUUACUCUUCAUGUUGCUUCAUCCAAAUGAUUCAUGUUAUUGGAUGAUUUCUCAGCUGCUCCAUAACCGGAUGCAUCAGAUGACCCGACGGUGAAAUUUCAUCAGUUCACUUGGCAUCAUAAUGCCUUCCAUCCGGUGCUCAUGCUACAUGUGCAUGCCUCUUUGCAAGAUCAGGGUUUGUUUGCUGUGAUUUAAGGACAUUCACACUUGAAUUAACAUGCUUUAAUGUCAUUGAUUAUCCUGUUAAUGCUCACGUAGCUGUUGUACAUUGUGACAUUACUCUUUUUCACAUGUUGAAAGUUUCCUUUUUGACUUUGCUUUAAACUUUAACCUAAAAGAUGUUAUGAGAACAUUGUUAUGUAAGUGUUUCAGCGGGAGCAAUCAGUGCUUAUUGUUUGCCUUCACAUAAAUUCACCAGUAAUUAGAACUAAUAAGGGAUUGAAAGAGUGGGCUUAGACAGUCGUCUUGAUUACUCUCUCUUGCUAACUCUUAAACUGCAUUCAUAGAAGACCUGGAGAAGAAAUGUUACUUGAUGUUCUGAUUAUCACACUGCUGUCAUAUAGUGUGGGCCUUGACCUGGUAAAACCAGGAACAAAUCAAGUUGAUUUAGAUGUCUGAUAGCAUACAGUGAGGGGAACGGGCCUGUUAUUAUUCCUAUUAAAAUGUUGGAAAAUAAAGUAAAUAUUCCCUCAGGCAUCGAAGAUAGUUUGAAAUGUGAGUUGGAGAAAAAAAUAAAAUGAUUGUGAAAAAAAUUGCAUUUAUUAAACACUACACCAUUUUUUUAGGCUUUGUAAAAUCUUGACAUUUGUAACAGUUUUUAUCAUUUCACACUAAUUGUAAAGUCAUAAAAAUGUCCUGUAGUUUGGUGGCAACAGUCUCAGUAAAGAUAGGUCUUCCAUGUGUGGAUAUGUAUGGAACUUGAUCUACUCGCAUACGCACAUGGACUGAUUCCUGUAUAGCUUCUUCGGCUAAGUGACCAGCCUGCUGAGAGUUGUUUGUAAUCCGGCCCUCCUCAGGUUUGCACAUGCUGAUGGACUGUGGGGCAGUGAUUCCUUUAGAGCAGGCGCUAGAUAGCAAAGGUUUGGAGCCAUGCCCAGGCCUCUGUGGGAUCUGUGUCCACUAACAGGUGUGAGAAUAAAGGGCAGGAUAACCUGGAUAGUUUCCAUAAUGCAGAGUGGAAUUACACAAAGAAGACUUUUAUGUACGUAACGCAGAUCGUCAACACUGGACAAUGAAUGUGCAAGGUGACGAUACAAAUAUUUAAC